UUGCCCCCGUUCCUCCGAAGAGGAUGCAAUUUUCAACAAAAGAAUAGCCUUGGCUGACGGGUAUACUGAGUACAGUCGUUUACUUCCAUGUCCAUCACACAAUACAGCGCCAAGAAUUGAACACCUUGUAGUUUCUGAAGGAGGAAAUGUUCUUGAUUAUGUCUGCAAAGCUCUGCAACUCCCUUCUAUGUAUGUUGCAGAUCUAAUUCAAUUUGGUGCUAUCCACUACGCAUUGGUCUGCCCAAAACCUCCACCAAGUGCUACUCCUGAACAAGUUCAGAUCUACAGGCAAGUCACAGAUCCAUCAGUUCUGCAAAAGAGGUCUUCCCUCAAAGGAAAAACUGUGAGAGAAGCACAAAAAACACAUAGAAUUACAGAUGCAAAUGAAUUUGUUGAAGCUGGAACUUACCUUCGUGUUCAUGUGCAUCCAAAAAGAUAUCCAAGGUGCUAUGAGGUUGAUUGGAAGUCUAGAAUCAUAGCUGUAACAGAUUCCUAUGUGGUUCUUGACAAACCAGCUGCGACUUCAGUAGGAGGAUCAUCUGAUAACAUAGAAGAAACUUGUGCAACUUUUGCUUCUCGUGUUCUAGAAUUAGAUACUCCUUUGAAGACUACUCAUCAGCUAGAUAACUGCACAGAAGGCUGCCUCGUACUGGCGAAAACAAAGGAAUUCUGUUCUGUUUUCCAUGGGAUGAUUAGGGAAAAACAGGUAAAAAAGCUUUAUCUUGCACUUGCUGCUGAACCUGUACCAACUGGAAUAAUUUCUCACUACAUGCGCCCCGUAAACCUUGCUCCCAGGCUAGUUUCACAAGAAUUUAUUGAAGGCUGGCAUCUUUGUCAGCUGGAGAUCCUGGAAUGCAAGGAGGUUCCCUGGCCAAAUGCUGAUGUUGUGAAAACUUACAGAAUUGAAGACUGUAACUGGCCUUCAAAGAAGACCGCCUAUGAAUGUAAAAUCAACCUUCUCACAGGAAAAACACAUCAGGUGAGAGCUCAGUUAGGCGCUAUCGGUGCGCCGAUAGUUGGGGACUCGAUGUACAUGCCUGCCGCCUUGGCUGCACUUUCCAAUCCUCACAUUAAUCCAUUUGGGAAGUGGAGGAAGGAGUGCUUGAGAGAUGGAGAUAAAAUGGCUGCCAUGGUUGAUUGGAUUUCAUGCCAUGGUAAGGAACCCAAUUCUGCAAUUGGUCUGCAAGCUUCUCAUAUCUCAUGGAAUGAUGGCAACUGUUCUUAUGAGGCUGGAUCUCCAUGGUGGAUUGUUAGAGAAUGAAUGUAAUGAAAUAUUAGUAGUUCAUAGGUGAUUAUUAUUUGAGUUAACACUCACCUCUCUCUCAUAAAUGGUUUAUGGAGUUUUUUUUUUCUUAUAAAAUUCUUCUUUGUUCUGUAAGAUAUUGGUUUGGUGAAGUCAGCAUAUUG